UAAAAUAGCUAUGUUGGCAACAGUGCAGUCCAAUUGCACACAUGUAGUUUAUUUUUAAGUCGAAACUGUUUCACAACUGCUAACGUUUGCGUCCUGUGCCUGCAGCGUAAUGCAGGAUGCCCCGGAGCCCGAGCCGAGCAGCAGCAGUAGCGGUAAGCGGACGGCCAAAACACAAGAGAAUGCGCCGGGAAGCGGUAUCCAGGAGUGUUCCAUCUGUGGCACAUCAAAGUCCUCGUCAUCCGUAAUGGACUUGAGUGCCAACAAUGUGAUGCAGCGUCGCCUCAGCAGGGACUGGAAGUUGCCUGCAGAUAUCAUAAAUACGACACUUCAGGCGAUUUGCGUGGAGUGCGUCUGUAAGUUGAACAUGCACUCUGAAGUCACGCGGACGUUGAUGCAGCGCCUGCAGCGUCUGACUAAGGCGAGUGGAACCGCAGCGGAGGCCGAGCGCCAGAGCAAGCAAUGCAGUCCUCCCAUUGCGGACGCGGAGGUGUCUACGACAGGCGGUCCACUGCCGCUGGAGGAUGUCGCUGAUGCUGCUGAUGUGGCUUCGGCUACAACCAGUUCGUCGUGCUCGGUGCUGCAGGCGUACUCGGCACAACCACCAGAAUCUCCAACGGCCACCGAGUCGGGGGGCAUGCAUAAUAAUAAUGGCAACGCCUUGGACGGCUGGAAGUGGCGUACACGGCUCGUCUGUCAGCAUUGUGAGCGUGCCUAUUUCCGCAAGGAUCUUUAUACGCUUCAUGUACGUCGCUGCUGGCGUCGAAGCACGCAGCGUCAUCACAAGUGUCGUGUGCUAAACGAAGCCAGCAUUGACGACAAUGGCGACGCCGAGGAGGAUUAUAACGAUCAAACCUUGACACAGGCACCACGUCAUUCCCGUACCUUUCAGUGCAAACAUUGUGUUAAGGAAUUUGCCGGAAUUGUUGCGUUGCGACAGCAUCAACGCACCACACACCAAUCCCACCAUCGGUGCAGUCUGUGCGAAGCGGAGUUUGGCACCAAAUACGAGUGGGAGCUGCACCAUACCAUAUGCAGUGCCAAGCAGGAGGCUGUGCAAGGGCAAGAAGUCACCGCCACGCGUUCGACACGUUCGCGUUCUCGGGCUUGUUCCUUGGCCUGGUAUAAGGACAAUGAGGAUGAGGCUGACGAUGAGGAGAAAGGGGAGCAGGAUGACGAUGCAACCUCUGUGGCUGACACGAUGUACACGAGACGCAUGAACUUCACUGGGGACUGGAUAGUUAACCACAGUCGGAGCAACAGCAACAGCGCCAUCAAUCUGACAAUGCUCUACGAUGACUAUGUGUUGGAAGAGUCACAGAUAACGACGGACAAGGAGUAUGAUCUAUAUUUGCUGGAUCUGCUGAAGACACAGGUGCAACUGAAAGCAUUCUCUUGCUUUGUUCCCAAUUGCUGCUAUCAGACGGACACGUUGGUGGACCUAAUGAAGCACGACUACAUGCAGCACUGGAAGAUGAGCUGGUUCUACUGCCACAAAUGUGGCGAUGUCUUCACUAGCAAGGUCUUUCUGGACUAUCAUCUGCAUCGGCAAAAUCGCGGCUUCUAUAUAUGCCAUAAGUGCCAUGACGAGUUUGAGUUCCAACAUCAAUUGGAUCGCCAUCAGGUGCUGCACAGCAAGGGCAUCAAUUAUCAUUGCAACUUUUGUCGCCUGGAGUUUCUCAGUGAGGCGAAACUGUUGGCCCAUUGUGAGCAUGAGCGUCACAGUCCCAACGAUGAGCCGCCCUUGAUUUGCAUUGAUCAUGCGCUCUCUAUAAGCAAUCCCGUGCCCAAGGAGCCCAACAAGGUGCGACAGUAUACAAUGCGGGUGCUGGACAUCCCUCACAUACCCUGGCACUCCAAUCGACCAAUGCAUCUGCCACAACACAAACCCUUUCGCUUUGCCAUCGGUAUCUGCGAUUUUGACAAUCGUAAUCCCCCCAAUUGUGUGGGCUGCAUGUAAAGUCCCCCUUUAAAUACAAUUCUGUAUUCCGUGUUCUUUAGUCCUGCAUAGUUAGUUUUUUUUUAAGUUAUUACUAUUUUACUCAAAUAGCAAAAGUCUGUUGCGUGUUUGUGUCUCCCUAGAUAUAUAUAAAUAUGUAUAUGUACAAAUAUUUUUUUAUUCAAAUUGUGUAAUAAAUGUGAGCUUACCUGUAAACCAA